AUGUCAGCUUCAACAGCAACUAGAAAAUCUGAAAUAUUAGCAGAUGAUGUACUGGCACAGCUUGAUGCUGCAAUUCAGAGUGCACCAUGCAUAUCUUUGGCCAUUGAUGAGUCUACAGAUGUUACUGAUAAUGCCCAGCUUUUGGUGUAUGUGAGAUUUUGUAACAAAGAUAAGAAGGAGAUCUGUGAGGACCUGCUGGGUGUAACACCACUGGAAACACACACAAGAGGAGAGGACAUAUAUGCAGCAAUAAAAGAGAUGCUGAGGAAGAGGGGCAUAGAUCUGAAGCAGGUUGUCUCUGUCACCACAGAUGGUGCUCCUGCCAUGAUUGGAAAAGAGAGGGGGGCUGUGUCCCGGAUGAAAGAGGACAACCCAGAUCUUCUUGCAUACCACUGUCUCAUCCAUCAGACUGUUCUGUGUGCCACUCUAUCACAACAUUUUGCUGAAGUAAUGAACACAGUGAUGAAACUCAUCAACUUCCUUAGGGCAUCCUCAUCCCUUCAGCAUCGCCUCCUGAGAGAAUUCCUGGCAGAUGUUGAGGCAAAUGCCAAUGACCUGCUACUGCACAACAAUGUGAGGUGGCUGAGCAAAGGAAAUGCACUGGGACGUUUCUGGUCUGUUCGAGAAGAAAUUGCAGCUUUCUUAGAGCAGGUCAAGAGUCAGAGAGCAACACAGUUUUCACUUUUUCUGCAAGAUGAGCACAAGAUGAACAUGGUUGCCUUUUUGGUUGACAUUACAUCACAUCUUAAUGAGCUCAAUGUAAAGCUGCAGGGCCAGAACAACACAGUUGCUGAUUUGAUGACAGCUAUUCGCUCUUUCCAGAGGAAGCUGGACAUUUUUAAAGAAGAUCUUGAAGGAGGGUGUGAACACUUCCCAAAACUGCAGGAACAGAUCCAGGCUACUCAAGGAGGGCACAACUCCCAAACCAAUGACUACUUGAGUACCUCUAACACACAGUCCAGCACACGUAUCUCUAUCUUGUGCCCAGAGCGAAAGUGGUAUUUGAAGAUAGGCCAUGGAUGUGUCUAUGAGGAGACGAAGUCCAGUCUAGCUGAAGUGACACAAUGGUACCAGCAGCAGUCUGGAAUACCAGAAUGUGUGCAGGAACUUACUCAAUACCUCAAAUACCUCCUGCCAGGAUCCAACUACGAAUCGUGA